UUCCCUUCCGACAGUGUCAACACACUGAACAAUCCAUCCAUCACACACUCGACCGAGAAAGAGAACGAGAGAGAAGCAGAGGAAUCAAUAAGCUCGCAAUGGGUAGGUCUCCGUGCUGCGAGAAGAUGGGGCUCAAGAGGGGGCCGUGGACAGCGGAGGAGGACAUGACCCUGGUGGCUCACAUCGAGCAGCACGGGCACAGCAACUGGCGGGCGUUGCCGAAGCAGGCCGGCCUGCUGCGCUGCGGCAAGAGCUGUCGCCUCCGGUGGAUCAACUACCUGCGCCCCGACAUCAAGCGCGGCAACUUCACCGGCGAGGAGGAAGACGCCAUCAUCCAACUCCACGCCAUCCUCGGCAACAGAUGGUCCACCAUUGCUGCCAGGCUGCCUGGGAGGACGGACAACGAGAUCAAGAACGUCUGGCACACACACCUCAAGAAACGAAUCGAGUCGCCCAAGCCGUCUGGCCAGGCACGAGGCACAACUGCUCUGCCUAAGCGCAAAGCCAAGAAGCCUGCUGUGGCAGUGAGCAUGCUCAAGGGCCCGACCUCCGACCCGGUGUCGUCACCAGAGCAGUGCCUCUCCAUGUCGCCCGAGCGGUCUCUCUCAACGUCGUCCGCAACCGAGCGCUCCAUGGCUUCGUCGUUGGAGAACACGGGCAGCCCUUCCUCGGAGGUGUUCCAGAUUGACGAUAGUUUCUGGUCGGAGACACUGGCGAUGUCGGUGGACAGCUGCGGUUUCGAGAUGGAAACCGGCGAUACCUUAGGCGCAGAUAGUGCUUCGCCGUCGUCGAGCAACGAUGAGAUGGAUUUCUGGGUCACGCUGUUCUUGCAGGCCGGUGACAUGCAGAGUUUGUCACAGAUUUAAUAAGAAAAACUUUGGCUAUGUUCAAUA